AUGUGGCUGACAGAUGACGCAAUCGAGCAUUUGGUAAUGGCCGGGGAGGAUCUUCUUGUGGUGACUCAAUACGUGGUUUGUACGUUUGAUUUUGAUGGAUUGUAUGUGGAUGCCAAUGACCCGUAUGGCUUUAGCUACGAACGAGGACUUCCGGGUGUGACUGUUGAUUUUGAUGUUCAUAAAUAUUACCCUGAGGAUGGGGAACUUAAGUAUGUGGAAGGUUCUGGUUCGUGUUUGGGUGGUUGGGUUCUUUUCGUCGGCAUCUAUGGCGAUGCAGUCGCGUUGCGGGCGGCUGAUUUCCCGGAGCUCAAACCCAAUUCGAUUUACUUCACGGAUGCACUAGAAGAUGCGUUGAUUGAGGAUGACAAUGGCGACUGCCCAAGUGGUGGCCAUGACAUUGGCAUUUUCAAUUAUGAGAACAAGACUGUGUCGCCAUGCUAUUUUCCGUGUGAUGCUAAGAACUUCAGAAAGACUUUCCCAGCGCCUAUGUGGGUUUUCCCAAGUCGUGGAUGA